AUGGAGUCUUUCCUGGGAGGAUGGAGAAUGUUCCGGGUCCUACGAUGGUCGUUGCGCCGCCCUGCCUUUCAGAGAGCUGUUCUACCACUUCCUUGGGAUAGACGUCUAAACUCUACAAGCUCUACAAGAUCCAGUCCGCCGCGGCCUUCUAGCGAUGCCCCUUCUAGCGAUCCACCGCUGUCGGGAGGUAUUCGUCUCCGACAGUACCAGGAAGAAUGCAUUCAGUCCGUGCUGAAAUACGUCAGCGAUGGUCACAAACGACUGGGUAUAUCUCUAGCAACUGGCGCAGGAAAGACGGUCAUCUUUACACAGUUGAUCGGCCGUAUACCUCCUCGUACCAGACAUGCAACCCAGACAUUGAUCAUAGUUCACCGAAAAGAGCUCGUUGAGCAGGCAGCGCGUCAUUGCCGACUUGCGUAUCCAGACCGAACUGUCGAGAUCGAAAUGGGAAAUAAUAAAGCUUCAGGAGCUGCCGAUAUCACAAUCGCCUCUAUACAGAGUCUCGUAUCGAGAGGUCGCAUAGAGAAGUUCAAUCCCGAUCGUUUCAAGCUGGUGCUCGUCGAUGAGGCACACCAUAUCGUGGCGCGAUCCUACCGUGAGGCGCUGGAGCAUUUCGGAUUGGAUAAAGCGUCUGAGGAGUCGCCUAUUCUGGUGGGUGUCUCUGCGACAUUUUCUCGAUUCGACGGGCUGAAGCUAGGCGCCGCGAUCGACCAUAUUGUCUACCAUAAAGACUACGUCGACAUGAUCGGGGAACAGUGGUUGGCAGAUGCGGUGUUCACAACUGUAAAGUCAGAGGCCGACCUGUCUGGCGUCCGGAAGGACAAAUUCGGAGACUUUGCUGUCGGCCAACUUUCCGAGGCAGUCAAUACAGAACAAACCAACAAUAUAACUGUGCGCGCAUGGCUCUCGAACGCCAGUGACCGGAAAUCAACACUAGUGUUCUGUGUCGACAUCGAGCAUGCCCGGCAGCUCACCGCAACCUUUCGCGAGCAUGGGAUUGAUGCUCGAUACAUUACCAGCUCUACUCCGAAGGACGUCCGAUCCGAACAACUGCUCGCGUUCAAAAACCAAGAAUAUCCGGUUCUGCUGAAUUGCGGUCUGUUUACCGAGGGAACUGAUAUCCCAAACAUCGAUUGCGUUCUUCUUGCGCGGCCUACACGGUCGAAGAAUCUCCUGAUCCAGAUGAUUGGAAGGGGCCUUCGAUUGUAUCCGGGCAAGAAAGACUGUCACAUUAUCGACAUGGUUGCCUCUUUGCGUGCUGGAGUGCUCUCAACGCCUACACUGUUCGGCCUUGACCCGGACAAGGUGCUCGAGAAGGUGAAUGCGAGAGAGCUAUCUGAGAGCGCCGCAGCUCUCGAAUCCGAGCCUGCGUCGCAAGGCGAGGGCCUGCCUAACGAGGACGAAGUCAAUAUCACCUUUACGAAGUACGACAGUAUCUUCGACCUGCUCGGUGAUGUCCACCGUGAAAGACACAUCCGGUCCAUCUCACCCAAUUCAUGGGUACGGGUAGAUCAAGCUCGCUAUGUCCUCGUUGACCGAUCUGGAUGGCUCACCAUCGAGAAGGACGAGGGAUCAGACCUAUUUGCCGUGCGACAUGUCACAAAAUUCACCCACGACGAGACCGAAGCAACCGUCUACACGCGUCCACGCCAGGUUGCCAGCGCACCUGAUCUGGACCAGGCCGUUCGUGCAGCCGACACUUACGCUAGCGGUAUCUUCGACACGUCGUUUAUCUCCACUCACCAACGUUGGAGGAGCGCACCCGCGACUCCUAGCCAACUUGCCAUGCUGAAUAAACGGCGCGUUCACGAAGAGCCAUUUCGAUCCGAAGACCUCACGCGAGGUCAAGCGGCUGAUAUGAUCACGAAGCUGAAAUUCGGCUUGAAAAAGCGGAUGGCAGCGGUGCAGGCGAAGCAGCGACGACAGAAACGUCUCGCGGCGGAGAAGCAAGAGUUUGAAGAAUUGAAGCGUCGAGGCGAUGUGAAAGUCGGUCCUCUGAAUGCGUAA